CUCUAUCUUACCCUUUUAUGAAUGAAAAGAAUCCCAAGAACCCUGAUGUUUUCUUAUCUCACCCUCUCAGCCACUUCUAUUGACAAACCCUCCUUGCCCUAAUCUUCUUUGAAAGGUAUUUUGAAUUAGGUCUUCCGCCGGCUCUCCUUUGCCUUUCUCCCUCGCCAGUAGCCUCUCGUCUGGUCUGAGUGAGUCUCCGUCUCCGUCUCUCUCCGCCGGCUCUCCCUCGCCUCAGUCACUCGACUCGCCCACCGAUCUGCUCAGUCGACACCCCACCGCCGGCUCAGUCACUCCCUCACAGUCUCUCGUCUGAGUCGACUACUCUCUCCGCCGCCGACACCCCACUGCCGACUCUCCCUCAAGUUGCUCUAGCUUGUUGGUCUGCUUCAUUGUAUUCUUUAUUGAAAAGCGGAGGAAGACUUGGAUCAUUCUUUGACAAUUGGCAGGUUAUCAUCCACCCUCGUAGAUGGAGAUGCUUACUACAAGUUCUGGUGCCAUGCUACCUCUUCUACCCCCUGGGCACGAAAGGAAAGCAGGAAAAUGCAGUUUCCCUACCCAGAAAGGAACAUUGGGUCAGCAUCGGGGUAGAAUGAAGGCCAAAGACCUCUCUCUUAGACGGUAUAGUUCCCAACUUCAAACUCUUAAUGGGAGGAGACAAUCAGUGUUUGCUAAAGCAGGACCAGUAUUUCUUAAACCAAUUCCAUCUACUGGGAUGAAGGGAGGCGAUUUAUGUUCUAGUAGAAGGAACAAUGCUUUCAUGUGUUUUGCUGCUUUGAAUGCUAGAUGUGCAGCGGAGCAGACACAGACCGUUACAAGAGAGGCUCCCACAAUCACUGUUCUUCCUGGCAAGGAGAAGUCACCGCAACUGGAUGAUGGUGAUUCUGGAUUUCCACCUCGCGAUGAUGGUGAUGGUGGUGGGGGAGGUGGCGGCGGCGGAGGCAACUGGUCUGGUGGAUUCUUCUUCUUUGGCUUUCUUGCUUUCCUAGGCUUUCUAAAAGAUAAAGAAAGUGAAGGGCCAUAUCAGAAUGAUCGGAGAAGAUAAAUAUACUUUGAUCAAAUAUAUAAUGUAGAUUCUAGGUUUAUACUUCCAUACAAUCUCAAAAUAAACGUUUGUUUCUAGUCAUGUUAAAUCUCCAUUGAAUUCCUUUCCAGUUACUUGCCUUUAAUUCAAUAUUCUCUAUGGGUUCUCAAAGAUCUCAUUUGGAAUUUCA